GGCCAGUCAUCUCCUCACAUCUUUUCUGCAUCUACCACAAUCCCCUUUAUCCUUCCUGUAUGGUGGAUAUUAUUUUCAGCUCUUCUUUCUUGGGUGAUAUGGGGGAUCAUUCCAAAAAGAAGCCAGGAUUCGCGAUGUGUGUAGGAUGUGGAAGUCAGAUCCAUGACCAGUACAUACUGAGAGUCUCGCCCGACCUGGAGUGGCACGCAGCCUGUCUGAAGUGCGCAGAGUGCAGCCAGUACCUGGAUGAGACCUGCACUUGUUUCGUCCGGGACGGCAAAACCUAUUGCAAAAGAGAUUAUGUAAGGCUGUUUGGAAUAAAAUGCGCAAAGUGCAACCUGGGAUUCAGCAGCAGCGACUUGGUGAUGCGAGCCCGGGAUAACGUCUACCACAUCGAGUGUUUUCGGUGCUCGGUAUGCAGCAGGCAGCUGCUGCCGGGAGACGAGUUCUCUCUGCGGGAAGAAGAGCUGCUCUGCCGGGCGGACCACAGCCUGCUGCUGGAGAGGAGCUCCGCAGGAAGUCCCAUCAGCCCGGGACACAUCCACUCCAACAGACCGCUGCACCUGGCAGCAGACCCGGUCACGGUGCGGCAGGCCCCGCAUCGGAACCACGUCCACAAGCAGUCGGAGAAGACCACGCGGGUCAGGACGGUGCUGAACGAGAAGCAGCUCCACACGUUGCGGACCUGCUACAACGCCAACCCGAGGCCGGACGCGCUGAUGAAGGAGCAGCUGGUGGAGAUGACCGGCCUCAGCCCCAGGGUCAUCCGGGUCUGGUUCCAGAACAAGCGCUGCAAAGACAAAAAGAAAUCCAUCCUCAUGAAGCAGCUCCAGCAGCAGCAGCACAGUGAUAAGACUAACCUGCAGGGCCUCACGGGGACGCCUCUUGUGGCGGGGAGUCCUAUCCGACAUGAGAGCACCGUGCAGGGAAACCCAGUGGAGGUUCAGACCUACCAGCCUCCAUGGAAGGCCCUGAGUGAGUUCGCCUUGCAGAGCGACCUGGACCAGCCAGCCUUCCAACAACUGGUGUCUUUCUCUGAAUCGGGCUCUCUCGGGAACUCCUCAGGCAGCGACGUGACUUCUUUGUCCUCUCAGUUACCGGACACCCCUAACAGUAUGGUACCCAGCCCGGUGGAGACGUGAAACGGGGCCCCUUCAGACCUGUCGGCCCCCCACCUCCUGCAAGGACAAUUGCAGCAUGAUCCCGGCCCCCUGCAUGUGACCAGCUCAUCAAAUCGCUCAAACUUCCGAGAGGAGAGUGUUUGUUUUUUGUUUUUUU